AUGCUGCUCCUGCCAGCGCUCCUAGGCGUGCUCAUAUCGGCACUGGCCGCCCUCGCAGCAGACCCUCAGGUCACCGUCAACCGCAUAGAGAACCUCCCAAACAGGCUCUUCUACUUUGACGACACCCCCGUGGUCAUGUACCAUGAUCCCGCGAUGCUCACCGUCCAUCGCUCAGAAGAUGAAGGCAAGACGUGGGAGCAGAUCACCGGUCCUAUAGAGGGCGAGGCCAUUCGUCUCGUCGAGCACCCCCACAACAACGAAAUGGCCUUCAUCAUCGGCCGCUAUACCACCCACUGGGUCACCUAUAAUCGCGGAGCCACUUGGCAAUCCUUUGUCACCCCUCGUGACGCAAGCCUCGGUGGCAAGACCCUCACAUUCCACUCCGGACAUGACGACUGGAUACUGUUUCAGGGCGUCGCGUGCGAGAGCGGAGGUUUUGGGAAAUGGGGAGGCAAGACGUGCUGGGAUGAGACAUUCUACACGACUGACGCGUUCCGAUCUGAACCACAACUCCUUCUCAGUCAAACGUCCCAAUGUAUAUUCGCUCGCUCCUCCGAAGCCUUCGUCUCGGCCCCGGAAAAACUCGUCUUUUGCGUGGCCUUUGACCAGAGCCAAAAGCCGGGGAGCGGGGGAAUGCACAGUAUCAAGGAGAGCAGGCUAUACUCUUCCGAAGACUGGUUUGAGAACAAAAAGUUUGUCGACCUGGGUAUUGGAAAGAGGGCGAGAGGUGUCGUUGGACUCGGGGUCGUUUCCAAAUUCAUGGUCGUCGCUCUGAAUGUUGCCGAUAUGGGAACCAAAAGGGCAGGUGGCGGUGACCCCAUGGCACUCUAUGUCUCUACAGAUGGUCUCGAAUGGCGACAGACCCAGUUCCCACACUCUGCACUCCCCGACCUCAAAGAGAACGCCUAUACUAUUGUCGAAUCUACCACCCAUUCCAUUGCUGUCGAUAUUCUCACCUCUCCCUCCGCCAACAUCGGCACCCUGUUUGUCUCCUCCGGCGAAGGCACUUACUUUGUGGAAGCUCUGGCGGACACCAAUAGAAACGAGUAUGGGAUCGUCGACUUUGAAGGCCUUGUGGGGCUCGAAGGGGUAGGAAUUGCAAAUGUGGUCGCAAACAGGGAGGAGGUUGUGGGGUGGGGUGAACCGAAAAAGAUCAAGAGCAAGAUCACUUAUGAUGAUGGGUCCAGCUGGAAAUUCUUGAGCCCGCCCGCCAAGAACUUGAAUGGCGACGAUUGGUCGUGUGAUACCUCUGAUCUAUCAAAAUGUUCUCUCCAUGUCCACUCUGUCUCGACGCCUCACAACAUUGGUCGCGUCUUUUCUUCUACCGCUCCGGGUUACGUUAUGGCCGUCGGGUCGGUCGGUGAAAGUUUACUUUCUUAUGACGACUGUGAUACCUUCCUGUCCACGGACGCUGGUUUGUCUUGGCGUCAAGUACAGGAAGGAGCGCACAAGUACGAGUUUGGUGACCAAGGGAGUGUGCUUGUCAUUGUGGACGAUGAGCAAGCUACAGACCACGUCCACUACUCUUAUGAUGGUGGACACACCUGGACACAACUCGACCUUGGAGUCACCGUUCGCGGCCUCGUCCUCACUACCAUCCCCGACUCGACCUCUCAAAAGUUCAUCCUCCUCGGCACCCUCCCCCGUAAAGAUUCAGGUGGCGGCCGGCACGCCAUGAUCCAGCUCGAUUUUGCCCCACUGCAGACACGCCAGUGCACCGAUGAUGAUUUCGAACGUUGGUACGCCCGCAGUGGCGAGGGAAACGAAUGUCUCAUGGGCCACAAGCAAUGGUACCAACGCCGCAAGCUCGAUGCGCCAUGCUACGUCGGCCACAAAUUUGAAGAUCCCGUGGGGCACGAAGAGAACUGCGCCUGUGCGGACGAAGACUACGAGUGCGACUUCAACUAUGUCAGGCAAGAUGGGGAAUGCGUGGCUGUCGGCCCAGAACCAGUUCCUCCGGGUACUUGCAACAAGCCAGAUGGCAAGUAUCUGGGUUCGUCAGGAUACAGAAGGAUUCCUGGAAACACUUGUGAGAAUCGCUCAGGUCAAGCCAAGGACAGUCCUAUCAACAAGGAUUGCUCCGACGCCCGACCAGAGAGCGGCAGUCCCUCCCAUGUCGUGCACGAAUUCGAAUCCGACAUCAUCUCGCACUCCUACUUCCCUCUGUCGCAGACUAUCCUGAUCCAGCUGGCGGAUUCUACGGUGUGGCAAUCAAGCAACGAGGGCUUCUCUUGGAAGCAGCUCUAUGAAGAUGAGACUUUCUUGGCGGUGAUUGUUCACCAGUACAGCCCCGAGAGAGCCUAUCUGCUCACCAACACGCGCAAGAUCUACUACACCACCGACACUGGGCGAUCUUGGAACACUAUGAAUGUCCCCAACGACCCCAACACGUUAGGUAUCCCUAUAAUCGAUUUCCACCCCACAAAACCCGAUUGGAUCAUCUUUACUGGCUCUAUCGACUGCGAUGAUGCGCUAUCCACCUCAUGCAGGGCUAUCGCGCACUAUUCGACAGAACAUGGAAGGAGGUGGAGGAAGAUUGACGAGUAUGUCAGGAUCUGUGCGUGGGCCAGAGAUCAGCGGUUGAAGAUUGAUGAGCGAGAGAUCAUUUGCGAGAGUUACAAGAAUAAGAAGGGGUCACAGAUAUCCGGAGACUACAAUCCGAUGGAGUUGAUCGCUGGUGGCAGCUAUUAUUCAAAGAAGAACAAGGUCUUUGAUUCUGUCGUCGGAUUUGCGAGCUUUUCGGAAUACCUUUUGGUUGCAAAGCUGAACGAGGAUCAAGGAACCUUGUCGUUACAAGUGUCUUUGGAUGGCUACCACUUCUCCGAGGGACAGUUCCCACCGAACAUGAAGAUUGAAAACCGCGCUUAUACCAUCUUGGAGAGCAGUACCGAUGCCGUCUUUUUGCAUGUCACCAUGCACUCCGGCCAGAACAAGGAGUGGGGAAGCAUUUUCAAAUCCAACUCGAAUGGUACAUACUAUGGCCUCUCCCUCGAUUACGUGAACAGAAACACGGCAGGCUAUGUCGACUUUGAAAAGAUGAUCGGUCUUGAUGGUAUCGCGGUCGUCAAUGUCGUCAGCAACCCUUCGGAAGCCGACAUAUCUGGCCGGAAGAGUAUUCAGAGCCGGAUCACCCACAAUGACGGUGGUAGCUGGAAGCCAUUGAACCCUCCCGCAAAGGAUUCACUAGGUCAAGAGUACUGGUGCCAAUCUACCUCUUGUUCCUUGCAAAUACACGGCUACACUGAGCGCAGAGAUCCCAAGGCCACUUAUAGCAGUCCUUCUGCUGUUGGCCUCAUGCUUGCUGUUGGAAAUGUUGGCGAAGAGCUCGCCACAUACACGGACUCUGACAUCUUCCUCACUCGAGACGGUGGUUACUCUUGGGAAGAAGUCCACAAGGAUGCCCAUAUGUGGGAAUUUGGAGACUCUGGGUCUAUAGUCGUCCUUGUCAACGACGAAGAGGCCACCGACCACGUCUUGUAUACCUUGGAUGAGGGCCUGACUUGGCAAGAGUAUGCUUUCGGGUCGCCAUUGAGAGUCAAGACCAUCCAGACUGUACCCGACGAUACCUCCCGUCGAUUCUUCCUCAUUGGAUCUUCGCCCUCAAACCCAUCUUCAUCAUACCUUGUCCAUCUGGACUUUUCUGUCAUCACACAGACCAAGUGUGAAUUGAGCAUCGAAGACCCUAACCACGAUGACUUUGAGCUCUGGUCUCCAAGUGAAAGCCGAGAGGACCAGUGUCUGUUUGGUAGGCAGACAAUGUAUCACAGGAGAAUCAGGGAUAAGAACUGUUAUGUCGGGGAGAGAGUUGUUCAACCGAACACCAUUGUAAGGAACUGCACAUGUACUGCUUCCGACUUUGAAUGCGAGUUCAAUUAUCGUCGAGAUGCCUCUGGCAAUUGUGUUCUCGUAGACGGCGCUGUGGCCCUGUCUUCGAACACCGAGUACGAGCAGUGUGACGGGUAUACCGACUAUUGGUAUGAGCGAACCGAAUACCGCAAAAUCCCCUAUUCUUCAUGUGAAGGGGGCGAACGGCCAGAUCAAGGACGUCGACACUCGUGUCCAGGUCUCAUUGUGGGCGGAGUCCGACGCGGCGCCUUGUUCUGGGGAUCCAUCGCCAUAUUGCCAUUCGCCAUCGCCGGCUUGGCAGGAUACCAUUACUACAAAAAGGGCGACCAGCUCGGGUCCAUCCGACUGGGCGACCAUCGUGCUUUCGGGGGAAGCGGCGGAAGUUCAGAUGGGUGGGUGGCUGUGGCUGCGAGCGUGCCGCUGUUCUUGGUGGGCGUGGCGCAGGAAGGGUGGGCUUGGGUGGUUGGCAAAGUGCCAUUCUUGGAUGAUCUGGUCACGAGACGUUCAAACUAUCGAUCUGUACCGAUUGAUGAGGAUGCGGAGGUUCUGGGAAAUUACGAAGACGAGUAG